AACGGCCACCAUCGCCAUGCCUUCCUUAUCUUGCCUUACUCCUAUUUUGAUUGUCUACCUGUCGUCAAGCGCAGAUGCGAUGGUUCGCGUCACGAUACGAAAUAUGCCUCUCUCAUAUGGUCCGUCGGCCAACAUCUGGACAAGCCCUCGCCCUUAACGCGGAUGUGGCCCAUCAAGAGACCGUCCAUUGCUUGGCCACUUCUGUGGCCUGGUCGACCACGAAGCAUCCAACAAACCGUAGCCUUCCCUCUUUCUGCCUAACAAAGCACUCCUUAGACUGAGAAAUUGGGCUUCUCAAUCGACUGACGUUUAUUACAAGCCGCU